GCGCCCGCGUGCCGCUCGCCCAGCCCGUGGGGAGCCCGAGGAAGUUUCCCGGGCCGCGUGCCCCGCUCGCUCGCCUCGCAAUCCGCGGCCUCACCCGCCGCCGCGCCCGCCAUGCCCUCGGCCAAACAAAGGGGCUCCAAGGGCGGCCACGGCGCCGCGAGCCCCUCGGAGAAGGGCGCCCACCCGUCGGGCGGCGCGGAUGACGUGGCGAAGAAGCCGCCGCCGGCGCCGCAGCAGCCGCCGCCGCCCGCGCCGCACCCGCAGCAGCACCCGCCGCAGCAUCCGCAGAACCAGGCGCACGGCAAGGGCGGCCACCGCGGCGGCAAGUCCUCCUCCUCCGCCGCCGCUGCCGCCUCGUCCUCGGCGUCCUGCUCGCGCAGGCUCGGCCGGGCGCUCAACUUUCUCUUCUACCUCGCCCUGGUGGCGGCGGCCGCCUUCUCGGGCUGGUGUGUCCACCACGUCCUGGAGGAGGUCCAGCAGGUCCGGCGCGGCCACCAGGACUUCUCCCGGCAGAAGGAGGAGCUGGGCCAGGGCUUGCAGGGCGUCGAGCAGAAGGUGCAGUCUCUUCAAGCCACAUUUGGGACUUUUGAGUCCAUCUUGAGAAGCUCCCAGCAUAAACAAGACCUCACGGAGAAAGCUGUGAAGCAGGGGGAGAGCGAGAUCAACCGGAUCAGUGAAGUUCUGCAGAAGCUCCAGAAUGAGAUUCUCAAAGACCUCUCCGACGGCAUCCACGUGGUGAAGGAUGCCCGGGAGCGGGACUUCACGUCUCUGGAGAACACGGUGGAGGAAAGGCUGACGGAACUCACCAAGUCCAUCAACGACAACAUCGCCAUCUUCACCGAGGUCCAGAAGAGGAGCCAGAAGGAAAUCAACGACGUGAAGGCGAAGGUUGCCUCUCUGGAAGACUCCGAGGGGUACAAGCAGGAUUUGAAAGCCUUGAAGGAAGCUGUGAAGGAAACACAGGUCUCUGUGAAGUCCAAAGAAAAGGACAUCGAGGCCUUGAGAAGCACCCUCCAGACCUUGGAGUCUGACGUCUACACCGAGGUCAAGGAGCUGGUGAGCCUCAAGCAGGAGCAGCAGAAGUUCAAGGAGGCGGCCAAUUCGGAGCACCUCACCUUGCAGGCCCUCACAGAGAAGCUUCUCCAGUCCGAGGAGGUCACCUCCCGCCUUCCCGAGGAGAUCAGGAGACUCAAGGAGGAGCUGCGCCACCUGGAAACGGAGGCCCUCAGGCCGGAAGAAGAUGGGGUUUACAAGCACGCUGGCUCCUUAGCCGCGCUCCAGGAGAAGAGUCAGGGAUUGGACUCCAGGCUCCAGACCGUGGAAGAUGGCGUGGAUGCCGUGCAGACGGCCUCUGCGCGCCACAGUGAGAACCUGGAGGCCCUGCUGGCCAAGAGCGAGGAGCACGAGCGGCGCCUGGCCGCCCUGCAGGAGCGCGUGGCCGGCCUGGGCCCUUCGGAGGCCGACGCGGGGGGCCUGGCCAGUACGGUGAGGAGCCUGGGUGAGGCCCAGCUCUCGCUCUACAGCGACGUGGAGGAGCUGAAGAGAAGCAUGGGCGAGCUCCCCAGCACCGUGGAGGCUCUCCAGAAGGUGCAGGAGCAAGUCCAUACGCUGCUGGGCCAGGACCCGGCCCGGGCGGCCCCCUUGCCUCAGGACUUCCUGGACAGACUCUCUUCUCUAGACAACCUCAAAGCCUCAGUCAGCCAAGUGGAGUUGGACUUGAGGAUGCUCAGGACUGCCGUGGACAGUUUGGUCGCAUACUCAGUGAAAAUAGAAACCAACGAGAACAACCUGGAAUCCGCUAAGGGCUUGUUAGAUGACCUGAGAAAUGACCUGGAUAGGUUGUUCCUGAAAGUGGAGAAGAUUCACGAAAAAGUCUGAGUGAACGCACAUGCAGGGUGCGGAGUUGAUCCAGUUUCUCAUGACCAAAAAAUGGGUUGUUUUCUCCUGCGCGCCCUACCCCCUGGGUUCUUGUUCCCUCUUAAAAAGCA